AUGUUAUUGGUAGAGUAUAAGGACGGUGAGAUUUACUAUUGUAUUUCACGUAUUACUACUUACAUUUUAAAACUACAACCCAAUGGGUAUCGAUCUAGUUGCUACAACAUGCUAUGUCCAGGGUUCUUCCAAACCAGUCGCACGAUUUCCCUUGGAGCUGCCAUUAGUCCAAUAUCAACAUAUAACGGCGAACAAUACGAUGUUGCCUUUAUGAUAUGGAAGGACCCGAAGAGUGAGAACUGGUGGUUGAAGGUGGGAAACGAAGUGAUCGGGUACUGGCCAUCAUCUUUGUUCACGGAUCUUAGAAAUCAUGCAACGUUAAUAGCAUAUGGUGGAGAAGUGUAUUUUGUAAGCUCAGGUAAGCACACAUCAACUCAAAUGGGUAGCGGCCACUUCCCUGAUGAAGGUCUUGGGAAAGCAGCGUAUGCUAGGAACUUGGAAGUAAUUGAUAGAGCUAAUAACUUAAAUGCAGCUUCUAAUCUUCAACUAUAUACAGAUAAGCCUAAUUGUUAUGGUGUUACAAAAUGGUAUGGUGGUGUUUGGCACAACUAUAUCUAUUUUGGAUGA